AUGCUCGGAUACGCGCCAUCGCAGAGCUCAGCACGAUCGGAUUCGCGAAGCCUCGCAACAUUCGAAUAUCCCGGUCUGAUGACAGUCACCGUUGUAGGCUCUGACACCGCCACUGAACCUCCGAGUGUGAUCGAGCAGCCUCUGGAGACUGUUGUGGAUUACUCUGCACUGCAACACAUUAUGCCGUUCCUUUCCUGCUCAGGCGAAAAUUUACAGGAAGAGCAAUGGGCCUGCAAGAUAGUUUUGGACCAUAUAAACCGUAAAGCUUUUGUUCAGCAGGUUUCAAGGGAAGUCGGAAUACCCGGGGCACCUAGCUGCACACUUGACAUCAGAGUAGAUCCGGAGUUACGUAGCGGCGAUGGCAAGAUCCGUCGGGCCUACAUCAUCGCUUUCAGAAGGGCCAUGGGUUACGAAGACGAAAAUGACCUGGAGCCUUGCUUGGGGCAUCAUGCAUACCCAAGAACUCAACUGUUUGUGAUCGCCAUUCACAAGUACAGGGCAAUGCUUCCACAUAGCAGUGUUCUUGGGUUGAAGGACAAUCUCGAAGGCCCAUGCUGCCAGACCUACUUGAAGGCGUUGAGAAGCCAAUCGGCGCGUAGGCGUAUGAGUGGCGGUCUGGUGGUUCUGUAUGUCGUGCAUCAUUCAGAUUUUGGCCCCCUUUAUCAGAAACAAGUCAACCGGUAUCAUUCAGAACGUCCGAUCAUGUCCGAGAAUCCGAUAGGUUAUGUCCAGGAAGGCAGCGAUGACUUGACCAGAUCGAACUACGAGGCGACACUGAUUGGGUCGUUUCAGUACCCUGGAUUUUCAAACACCUGGUUUCAGGUGUACGAUGGUUACCCGUCCAGUACAAAUGGAUCCUUCAGAAACAUGACAGUCAUCGAAGGCUGUACUCGCGUUGGAGAAGACGGCAUGGAUCAGCGAAACGAGCUUUACGCUUCGUUGCAUAACUUAAUUCCAGAGUCGACCUACAUGAUUGAUGAGACCGACUCUCUGCCUUACUGGGCCACGUGCGAGUACGUACGACGCAAAUCCUGCGAGACUUUCACAUCCGAAGUGAUCAGGCUAUACAACAAUAGUCUAGAUUUACCGAUGGUCUCGUCUCUGAACGUUUCAGAAGAAGAGAAGGUCGACAUCCGCCGGCAACUGUGGUCCAUCUGGUGCGCACUCCGAAAAGCCAUCGGUAGUAUGCCCGGUCCUCCCCCCGCCGUCGGCUCAACAGAAGCGUGGAUUACGGAACGGUUACUCCUGGCGAUCCGAAAAAGUGCACGACUGAUCCCGACUAUGACGGAUGGACGUCACGCCCUGGGCUCUUCCACGUCACAAAGACAUCUGGCGGGAUUGAAGGUUUUCUACCAACAGGAGAUGGCGAAAGCAUCUACCGUAUGGAACUCGAACCAGGGAAUGUCAGACGAUAAUGAACAACGCUGCUGUGACUGCCAGAUCGAGGGCGAGGGCCAUACGGAUGGCAACAUUGCCGGCAUACUAAACAAAGAAUACCACGGAAAGCUUCUGCUCUUUGUCAACUCUGUUUCGGUGACUUUGUGUGACAUGACAGCCAACGAUGCACGCCAGUUCAUUAAUUGGUCGGAUCUGGCUUCGAGGACUCCCACUGCGAUCGGCCCUGGGACGGCGUCUAGCUGUGAGGAGCAAGAAAGAGUCUCGAAGUACGUCUGGAAGAUGGCGGAAUUCUGUGAAGCGGUUGGCAUAGCCUAUUCCAAAACGGAAGAAUGGUGGGCAGAUGCACCCGAUCAUGAAAGAUUGUUGGUGACGGAGGUCUAUAAUCGAAUGGACAAGAUAUGGAAUCCCCCCAAUGAGCAAAGCGAAGAACUGGACAAGUUUAGCAUCGCACCGUUGGAUCUAUGGGCUCGUGUUACUGGAAAUCUUGUACAUCGCUAUGGAGUUCAAGCGGGAGCGCAGCCGAGUUUUGCGAUGACGUUGAGCCGGCUACACAGUGACACUCGACAUCCAUUGUCGACUCGUGAGGAGGAAAGCAGAAGGGAGGCUGACUGGCGUGACCGACCUAUCGAGGUCUCCAUUGUUAGCGGUUGGAAGGAGGAAAUCGGAAAGGAAGACGGCCGGAGCUCUCAAAGGAGUGGUCCUCGCAUAUUCAAGUCCAACUUCUUUACAACGGAGUCCAACCGAGAAAAGUUUUACUGCAUGUCUUACCAAUCCACCUACACCAACGGCAACGAGUCUAUCAACCCGUGGACUGGUCCCUCCGACUAUUCAACCGGUAGUUCUGUAGCUGCGACUGUAAACGACAACUUGUGUUCCAGGAUCCUCGUCAAGUACAACCACGGGAACUUGUACGAGGAUCGGGGCAGCAGUGACUGGUUGAGGGCUCUCCAGAACUGUAAAACAGCCCUGGAAAGCAGGAACGAUCUGGACAAGGUCAACCAGGGGCAAUAUGGUAUUAUGCUUUGUGAAUUUAUCUUGGAUGUUGAUCGAGGAGAGCGAAUGAGGGAGAGAUCUAGGGCGACGGGAAUCGUCAGCGCGUGUUCGAUCCAAGCGCGACCCUACCUGUAUGAACGCCAGUUUCAGGGCUCGCGCGUCAGCGGUGCUUGCGGUCCGGACCCGAUGGACCUAAAGCCAGGGUUCACCGGUGUUGAACAGGGUCGAGAGCUCAUAGGCUGCUACUCGGUUUGCCUCUGCGAUUGCUGGCUUUUCGACGGGGGCUUGGAACGCUUGAGUAAAGACCGAAGUCUGAACUCGGGGCAUCGGAUGGGAACACUCGAGCGCGACAUCAUCAUGAAGCCACACCAUACUUUACAAGUAUACACACACAGUGUAUCAGGACUCGCUCACCCGAGUUCGAACCCCACAAGGGAAAACCUCGAACCAAGGCAGCGAGGAGACCUAAGACGACAUAGUUUGGGCAGCAACGGGGUAGCUCCCAGGUUGUGCAGGGUCGGUAAAGGAAAGCAGGCCAUAAGGCGCAGAAUGGCAGGUCGUCAGGCGUUGCAGUACAUUACAGUUAUCGCGAUCUUGUCGCUGCUCCGAGCUGGUCUCGCCUCGGCUCAACUCCCUGAUGAAGGCAAUCGCCUUGAAUACGAUCCGAGCAAAGGAGAAGAAUGUAUUCCAGGUUGGUUCGAAGGGAAAUCAGAUUACACCCAGCCCUGGAGCUCGUGGCAUGGCAAAGGGGAUUGGGGUACCCUCAGACCAUUGGCUCAAAGGAGUGCCAAUAUGACAAGUAUACUGGAUUGUGCUGCUGAAUGCUUGGCCGCGGCUGAUCAAUUCCCCCAACGCAAAGGUGAAAACUGUACGGCUGUAUCAUUCACAAAAUUUUACCGUGAGAAAACAGGAAAUUGCACACUCUAUUCGAGCAACCCGGAGAAAAUCACGAAGACCAAUGGCGAGUCGGGAUUGGAGAUAGAGGAUGUCUCGGUCUUCGACUCAGGAUGUGACGCGUACGAAAGUCCUAUCCCGUUGCACAAUGAGGUUCAUCAACAAGCUCGUCUGCAUAAUGAAACCAGCCCCUCUCCUCAUACUCCUGGUACCUGGUCGCUGUCCGAAUCCCCAUGUAAUACUAUCUCCGAUCUAGUUCGUCUGAGUGCUACAAGUGGUCCUGCCUUGGAAACCAAUGGGCCGAUCGUUCCUGAGACUUCCCCUAUCGCAGUUGAAGGCCAGUACCCUGUCAUUUUUCUGCCUGAUAAUAGUCAGGAUGUGCGAUCGAUCUUUUGCCGGGCGCAUCGUGCCUCGACGAUCGACGUCUUUCCGACAGAGGCGUCGACCUUUAACAGUCGAACGGACAAUGAAGCUUUAUCCGCCGCGACUUCUGCCAAAGUACCUGAUAGUCAAGUAGCUUCCGAACAGGUGGUACUCCUGACUGCCUCGCAGAGAAAGGCCCUCCAGGAUUAUUGCCGCAUCGGAAUGCUUUCACAGGAAUGGAUCGAAGAGAAGUGGCGCGACUAUCGAAGGGUACUCUUUAAAAAGAAAAAUUUCGUCGAAGAUCAUGUACCUCCGACACAACAAAGAGCUGAGUACGAGAAGAAACAGGAGGUUUAG